AGAAAAACCAGAAAUAAAAAUUACAGUGCUUCAAAGAUUUAUGAUCGUCAUCUUUAUGUCAAUGAGCUCUACAAUCAAGUAAGAGAUGUAAAAUUCUCAGUGUCAAUUCUUAGGGAUAUGAUCAACCCAUGAAUUUGGUUAUCAGACAAAUAAUAUCACAAUUCAAAAACUUUACGAAUAUGCUGAAAAUCUGGGCAUAAAUGGCUAAGAGAAACAUAACAGAGAUGUUGCAGCUGUUGUUUCUGUUACCGCAACCAUCGAGGGAAAGAUGUGGGUUGUGUUAGACGAUUUUUCAUCAUCACUAUUGGAUUUAGGAUUAGUUUAAUAAAUUAGAUUGCUGUGAGUGGUUAUUGAAUCUUAAGACUUGAUUCAUUUUAUGUGUGAUGGGCUUUAACAGGUAAAUUAAUUCUGUUAUUUUUUCUUAAGACAGUGGUUCGCUUACAAUAAAAUGAUCUUCAAGCUAGAUACAAGUCAAGCAAUCUCUUGCACAAACACGGGCUGGCGAUCUAUUUCCCCACCGGAACUAUGGUGUCGCACUAUUUCUCCAUCAAACUAUUGCCUCGUUUCAUUUCCCCACCAAACGAAAGUUAAAUAUCUAUAUACCCACCAUAUUAAAGUUAAAUAUCUCUUUCCCCACCCGACCAAUUUCGAUGGUUAAAUGUCGAAACCCCAGUAUCAAACCAUCAAACCUCCGUUAGUAAACCGAAGGAAAACCCAAAUAUUGCUAAACCGGACCUAUAUCUCGGUGAUAACCCGACACAACGGUCAAAAAUCCCAAAUCUAAAAAAUCCCAAAUUGAUAAGAACCCUAGAAAAAACUGUAGAAUGUGAAUCUCAGAGUUCUUCUUCUUUUCUUAUUGUCGAGUGCUUUUUGUUCUUAAUCUCUUCUCACUUUGUGUUAAUUUUCAGAUCUAAAGCCAUGAGUAACGUGUCUGGAGCUUCUAGUGGUUCGUCAAGUGGACGUUCUGGAGACAGAGUGUUUGGUGUGCCGAGAAUUUGUCAUUGUGGGGUUCAAAUAAUGGAAUUGGUUUCUAAAUCCAGCAACAAUCCGUACCGGCGUUACUAUCGUUGCGGAUAUGCUGUAUCUAAGAAGCUCUCGAAUGACAACCACACUUUCAAGUGGGUCGAUGAGGCUUAUUUAGAUGAGAUAGAGGCAUUAAAAAUGAAAAAUGCUUCACUUGCGGCAAAACUGGAGACAGUUACAAUGGAGAGGAAAGAGUUUGAGAGAAUAGUGUUUGAGAAUGUGCAAAUGAAGCUUGAGAAGGAGAUUUUCGAGAGAGUUGAAGAGGCUUUGGUUGAAUCAUCUUCUACAAUGAAGAAAAUGAUGGUUGUUGUAGUUGUUUUGUGUAUGGUCAUGGUUGGGUUUAGUAAGCUCUUUGGUUGAAAAGGUUUAUAUAGGAAUGGCCUUUGUUUUA